AUGAAGAGACUUUUACGAGGAAAUGCCUUACUCUAUUCUGUUGCUGGCUUUGCAUCACUUGGACAAUUUCUAUUCGGCUAUGAUCAAGGAGUCAUGUCUGGUAUUCUCGUCAAUGAUCGCUGGUUGAGUCUAAUGAGCUAUCCAAAUGCCACGAUGCAGGGCCUUGUGGUUGCUAUAUUUGAACUAGGUGCUUGGGCAACUACUUCUUUAGCCAGUUGGUGUAUGGACAAGAUCGGACGUCGGUGGACCAUUUUGGUAGGCUCUGCCGUUUUUAUCGUUGGCGGUGUCCUUCAGACAGCAGCGGUGACAUUGACACAAAUCAUGUUUGGACGUUUAAUUGCAGGUUUUGGCAUUGGAUUUUUGAGCACCUGUUUACCUGUCUAUACAGCCGAAUUGAGUAGAGCUCACAACAGAGGCAAAGUAACCGUUUUUGGCAUGAGUAUCAAUAUGUUAGGCUACACAGCAUCAGAGUUCAUUGAUUAUGGAUUUACUUACGUGGACAGUGAAUGGUCAUUCCGCGGACCAUUAUUAUUGCAAGUGGCAUUCGCUCUUAUUCUUGCCGUUGGCACCACAGCGCUUCCAGAAUCGCCGAGAUAUCUUGUUUCAAAAAGUAAGGACGUGUUAGCCAUAACGACGCUCGCCAAUAUGCAUGGAAGGGAUGAAGAUCACCCCGACGUCACUGAAGAAUAUGAUGAGAUUAAAACCACUUUGCAAAUGGAAGCAACACUCGGCCAACCCACUUGGAAAGAGAUGUUUACAACUUAUAAAAAGAGAACUUGGAUCGGAAUAGCUGUUCAAGCGUUAGGACAAAUGUCGGGUAUAAACAUUGUUACGUACUACGCACCAAAAAUGUAUGAAGCGGUUCUGGGUCCAGGCAACCAAACCAUUCUUUUUGCUGGAUUUACAGCACUUGUUUACUUCUCAGGUGCUAUUAUCGCUGCAUUUUUGGUAGAUCGUGUCGGUAGACGUCCAUUAUUCAUGUAUGGAAGCUUCUUUAUGAUCUUAUGGCUCGUUCUCAUGGCAGUUUUUAACAAGAUCUCACUGGGCUUAACUUCUGCAAUUCUUGUCAUUACAUUCACCAUGGUUUAUGUAGGCACCUUCGGUAUUACAUGGGCUUGUGUCGAUUGGUUAUACCCUGCAGAAAUCUUUCCUUUCCGUACGAGAGCUAAAGGCAUGUCGUUAGCCGUAGCAUCAAAUUGGUUAUCCAAUUUCGCAGUUGGAUUAUUUACACCUCCCUUACUAGAAGCCAUCGGUUGGGCAACUUACAUAUUUUAUGCUGCAUGGAAUCUCGUUGCUCUAUUUGUUGUCUGGCGCUGGUUUGUUGAAACAAAGGGUAAAAGUUUGGAAGAAAUAGAGGCUAUGUUUGCAGAUGGAGCCGCCGUCACCUCCACCACCACUUCUCCCAGAUCUGAACGUGAAAACGAUUCAUUGACUGAGAAACCAUCUGUUGAACAGAUACCAUAA